AGGUGGCACCCUCUUUGGGGUACCCACUCCGCCCAGGGAAGGUAGUCCUCCUCUCGGGUCACCUGCUGCACGCGCUGAUACAGCUGGAAAGCACCUUGCGCAAGGGCCUCACCAAGGGCUGUGUGCUCCGCCCCCUUCCUCCUCUUUCCGGGAUCCCCCCCUGAGGCCGGGCAGUGCAGCCUGGGCAGUGCCAGGGGAAAGCGAGGAGCCGCGGUCACCGCAUCUCCCGCGGGCGACGCCGCCCAGACCGCUGCACCCUCGCUGCCGAGGCCCGACUCUCCAGUGGGCACCACAGUGAUGGAGUACAUGAGCACUGGAAGUGACGAGAAAGAAGAGAUUGACUUAUUAAUCAAGCAUCUAGACAUGUCAGAUGUAAUAGACAUGAUGGAAAAUCUUUAUGCAAAUGAGGAACCAGCAGGUUAUGAACCCAGUCUGAUGACCAUGUGUCCAGACAGUAAUCGAAACCAGGAGCCCUCAGAACCCCUGUUGCGAAGUGGCCAAGAGGGGCCUUGGCUGUCGUCUGUCAGAUACGGAACCGUAGAGGAUUUGCUUGCUUUUGCCAACCACAUAUCAAAUACCGCAAAGCAUUUUUAUGGACACGGACCACAAGAAUCGGGUAUUUUAUUAAAUAUGGUAAUCACUCCCCAGAAUGGGCGCUACCAAAUCGACUCAGAUGUUCUCCUCGUUCCCUGGAAGCUGACUUACAGGAACAUUGGUUCUGACUUCAUCCCCCGAGGAGCCUUUGGAAAAGUCUACCUAGCACAGGACAUAAAGACUAAGAAAAGGAUGGCAUGUAAACUGAUCCCUGUAGAUCAGUUCAAGCCAUCAGAUGUGGAAAUCCAGGCUUGCUUCCGGCACGAGAACAUCGCUGAGCUGUACGGCGCUGUCCUGUGGGGCGACACCGUCCAUCUCUUCAUGGAGGCAGGCGAGGGAGGCUCCGUCCUGGAGAAGCUGGAGAGCUGCGGGCCCAUGAGAGAAUUUGAAAUUAUUUGGGUGACAAAGCAUGUCCUCAAGGGACUUGACUUUCUGCACUCCAAGAAAGUGAUCCACCAUGAUAUUAAACCUAGCAACAUUGUCUUCAUGUCUACAAAAGCCGUUUUGGUGGAUUUUGGCCUGAGUGUUCAAAUGACUGAAGAUAUCUAUUUUCCUAAGGAUCUUCGAGGAACAGAGAUCUACAUGAGCCCAGAGGUGAUCCUGUGCAGGGGCCACUCAACCAAAGCAGAUAUCUACAGUCUGGGGGCCACGCUCAUCCACAUGCAGACAGGCACCCCACCCUGGGUGAAACGCUACCCCCGCUCUGCCUAUCCCUCCUACCUGUACAUAAUCCACAAGCAGGCGCCUCCACUAGAAGACAUUGCCGGUGACUGCAGCCGGGCCAUGAGAGAGCUGAUGGAAGCCGCGCUGGAGAGGAACCCCAACCACCGCCCCAGAGCGGCCGACCUCCUGAAACACGAAGCCCUGAACCCUCCCCGAGAGGACCAGCCUCGCUGCCAGAGUCUCGACUCUGCCCUCCUUGAGCGGAAGCGGCUGCUGAGCAGGACGGAGCUGGACCUUCCUGAGAACAUUGCUGAUUCUUCGUGCGCGGGAAGCACUGAGGAGUCGGAGGUGCUCCGGAGACAGCGUUCCCUCUACGUGGACCUCGGAGCCCUGGCCGGCUAUUUUAACCUUGUUCGGGGGCCACCUACCCUGGAGUACGGCUAAUGAGUGGCUUUAUCUGUGCCAAGCCAGGACGUUUACCUCCAGGAUGUUGCUUCUGCAGACCCUGCACAGUGAUCCUGGCGAGUGAAUUUUUACCCUUUGUUGCGGGGCAUUGAGGUCCCCAAUGACACAUGAAUGUCAUUCCAAGUGGCCCCCGUGUGCUUGCUUUUUGAAGCUACUCUGGUAUAUGCCAGGUCUCAAGGUUCUCAUUUCUCAGGUGUUGGGACUCAGAGGGAGGAAUGGAAGGGUCAUUUCUGAUGACCAAGUCCAUUCACUGUGCACUUUGCUGUAAACUUCUCAAACGGCACUCACAAAGGCUGAAGUUGCUAUUCUUGGUUCUUAUUUAAGUAUGGGCUGCUCAUAUAAUCCCGAAUGGCUAUUUUGUGUAUCUGGUGUAUAUUAUGUAAUAAUUCUUUGAGCCUUUGUGGGUGUGAAUUGAAGUUAAGAUAUAUACACAUAUUUAUAUAUACAGCUAGUGUCUUACAAAUGGCCAGUUCAUCUGGGGUCACCUGAUAGCAAGCCACUAGUGACAGUUUCUGUUAUGUUCCUAUGGAAACACUUUGUACUGUACAUACUGUGCUUAAAACAUUUAAAACAUGAUGUUUUAAAUGUGGAUACAACUGUGUAAACCACAUAAUUUCUGUACAUCCCAAAGGAUGAGAAAUGUGACCUUUAAGAAAAUGGAAACUUGUAAAUUCUGGGUGAUGCUACAUUUGUAAUUUAUAUGAC